AUGCCCGGCCUGGCGGGGGGACCCCCGGCUGCUCCCCCUUCUCUGCACUUUGCCACCCCCACACGCCGGCGCCAUCGCACCAGCUUCACCCAAGAGCAGCUGGAGCAGCUGGAGGCCGCCUUCAUCAAGAACCAUUAUCCUGACAUCUACGUCCGCGAGGAGCUGGCCCGGACCACGCGGCUCAAUGAGGCCAGGAUCCAGGUGUGGUUCCAGAACCGCCGGGCCAAGCAGCGGAAACAGGAACGGGCCCUGCUGAAGCCCAGCCCUCCGCGGGUCCUCUCGGUCGGGCCAAGAAAAAUUACGAGUGAAAUAGACUGGAAGGAAAAAAUUAGAUUGCAAAAUAUGAAUGCACCUGGGGAGUUUUCAAAGAAAAGUUCCUCAGAUGACCAAAAAGCCACAGUUCCAGAAAUCAAGAAAGUGGGUACAUUUGGCUAA